GUUUGUGGUUGUGUUGCUUAGUACUGGGAGAGGGGGCGGUACAUGGGAGGUUGGCAAUGCUAUAAUCUCUUGCUCCAGAUAAUUUCACUCUCCCAACAGCAGAGAGCUGUGAGCAGCUGACAUCCCCCAGGAGUUACUCGUCCACCCUGCUCCUGCUCCUCCUGCUGCUGCUUCCUCCUCGUCCUGGGAUUUAAACCAUUUUCCAUCCAGGUGGAACUCCAGGGAUCUGCUGCCUUAUUGCCCACAGUGCAGAAGACCUGAGAAGAUCCCAGUGUUUGGAAACUUGCUUUCUUUUUUUUUUGCUUCUUCCUCUGCCACAGACACAGGGCUUCGGUGCCUUUGUGCAUUUAAUGAUUGGGAAGGGAGGGGGGUACAUAGGAGCUCCAUGCAGACAGGUGAUGAGCCUUCCAGUGGAGAUCUAGAGCUGCCUCCUUGGCUUUCUAUGGUGCUCUGUCAGUGCACAUCAUGCAGACACUGAGCCUCAUUGCCUGAUCAACCCAUCUGCAAGAAAAAAAGGAGGAAGGAGAGAAGAGAGAGAGAGAGAGAGAGAGAAAAAAAUCAGGUUGGUGCUGGAGAACCCACCCAACCCCUCUAAAGGUCCAGCAGAUCCAACACAUUUGGUGGGGUGUUGAUCCCCCUCUAAGGGAUGGUACUGACUCCCCCAGACACAGGAGCAGUUCUGCAGCUCCUACAUCGAGACAUUGCAUUGUCAUUCAGUAAUAAGUGCAGCAGAACGCAAUGACGAGCUGGGCUUGGAUUUUGCUUCUAGGCGUCUGCUACCUGUCUCCUUCAUUCUGCGAGGAAGCGGAGAUCCCUCAGGAGCUGAUCGAGAGACUGGCUCACAGUGAAAUCCACAGCAUCAGCGACCUACAGCGCCUCCUGGAGAUUGAUUCCGUAGGGCCUGAUGAUUUAUCAGGAGGAAACGUAAAAACGCAGACACACAACUUCCAUCACAAUAAACAUGUCCAAGAGAAGAGGUCUGUGCAUGUUCGCAGGAAGCGAAGCAUCGAGGAAGCUGUUCCUGCAGCCUGCAAAACAAGGACUGUUAUAUACGAGAUACCUCGUAGCCAAAUUGACCCAACAUCGGCAAACUUUCUGAUAUGGCCGCCUUGUGUGGAGGUGAAACGUUGCACAGGUUGCUGUAAUACCAGCAGUGUUAAAUGCCAACCAUCAAAAAUACACCACCGGAGUGUCAAGGUGGCAAAAGUAGAAUAUGUAAGGAAAAAACCCAAAUUAAAAGAAGUUCUGGUGAGAUUAGAGGAUCACAUGGACUGCACUUGUACAGCAAAUUCUAAUUCAGAUUAUCGAGAAGAAGAAACUGGAAGGCCUAAGGAAACAGGUAAAAAACGGAAGCGAAAAAAACUAAAGCCUACCUAAUACUCAGCUGGAAAUAAUUUUCCUCGGCAGAUGUAAGGUGAAAUAAGCUAGAAACUUUCAUCUGGGACUUGGAUGUACACACUUUGUUACAUUCCUGAAUCUUCUACGUAUGGUGCUUUUAUAGACUUUUUUUUUAUUUUAUUUUUUUUUCCUUUUAUGUUCUCUUUUGUGUGGAAAGACAGGAUUAAAACAAAAAUAUAUAUAAGGAGGAAAAAAAGUUCAAAGGACACUCUGUGAGAAUAAAGGAACAAUGUACAUUUUGUUUUAAUGUGACAUCAAAGCAAGUAUUGUAGCACUCUUACAGAGAAGAGACGCUUCUUCCCUCUUGUCGGAAAACUGCAGCAAGAAAUCAAGAUGGCGGGUUGGAUGAAAGAAGGAUAUGCCUAAAAAAAUAUAAAAUACAGUGAACAUUACAAGUGAAUAGGGACAUUAUAUCAAAGCAGUGGGGCUUUAUGUCAAGUGAUGUGCCUGCUAAGAUUAAGAUGGAUGAUGGUCACUGACAGAGCACUGGCACAAGAAAAGGCCAGGAAUGUAUCAAAUGAACAAGUGUCUACGCAGAAGCUUUCAAAACAAUAAAUCCUUGCUCCAUGAUGUUAAAGUCUUCACAAAAAAACCUGGGAAGCCUUAAGAGGACUUUAAAUUUUUUUUUUUUCUUUUUACUCUAUAGAGUAAUUCUACCACGGGGGUUAUUUAAUUAUGGCAGCACAGUCCUACCACUAGGAACUCACCUGCUCUUAUAUUGGUCAGUUACUGAUUCUAAUAUCUAUUUGUGUCAUUUUGCAGCAGUUGAUCUUCAAAGUGUUGAAUUUUGUGUGUUUGCGUAUUUGCUCUUGCUUGCCAGAAAAGGAAAAAAAAAAACUGAAAAAAUAAAAAAAAAUAAAAAUACUCACUUUGCCAACCUAAUAAGAUCUGAAAAGAGAAUUAAGUGUCUCAUUGCAAUUUACCCCAUAUUCUGCCUCUGGUUAAGAAGCACCUGCUAUCGAAGUUGCCAUUUUGUGAACUGAACAAUUACAACCUGCCAAUUUACUGUUGACUUUGGAGUAAAAGGAAGACUCUUCAUGUUCAUUAGUCUCGAAAAACCACUUUUACAUUUGAAGUGAAGAGCAUGUACUCCUGUGAUUGUUUGAUCCACAAAAUGGCCCCCUCUUAAUAAAAAAAAAGUCAAAUUGUUCCCAAUUUCUUGGGCAUCUGUAUAUCGAGGUAUUUUUAUUUUUUUGUAUUUAUAUUUAAUUUGUGCUGAUUUAUUUUAUAUUGAUAAUAAAGUUUAGCUUUUUUUUUUUUUUUUUUUUUUUUUUAACCUUGCCAAUGGUUAGAUAAUCUCCUUUUUUAUUCAGCCAUUCAACACAUUAGUUUUACCUUGGUAGUGGAGGUAUUUAUAAACUAGUGCAAAGGGAAAGAGGACAAAGGAGCCUAUAGCUUCAAAUUUGGUUAAAGGGGUAUCCCAGCCAAAGACAUCUUAUUCCCUAUCCAAAGGAUCUGUGCAGCACCCGCAUUCUAUGCAGGGCUGCUGCUCCUGUCUCUGUAACCUGUUUCCAGGACUGGAGACCGACAUCAUCAUGCCCCCUCCAUUCAUGUCUAUGGGAUGUGGCAUGAUGGCCGUCACCCCCCCUUCCAUAGACAGGAAUGAAAGGGAUGUGGCAUGAUGUCACGAGGAGGCGUGGGACUGACAUCACAUCUCUGAGGCAGCGCCUGGCACAGAAUGCCAGAGGCUGCAGUGAGAUUGCAGGGGUCUCAAUGGCGGGACCUGUGUGAUCCUACAUCUUAUCCCCUAUCCUUUGGAUAGGGAUUAAGAUGUAUAAGGCCGGAAUACCCCUUUUUAAAGCUGUUUUCCGGCUGGCCAUAGACAUUAGAAAGUCGGCUAAACCUGACAAUUUAAUGUUCAUGGUUGCCUCCUGUUUUUCCUCCGAUUGCAUGUUGGGGGGGAAAGAAGGAUCAGGCAGUUGGAUUUCAACAUGCCUGAUUUUUUUUGUUCUUAUAGGAGAAAAGACACUGCCAGAAGUAUCUUGCAGUGGCUUAGUCUCCUCUCAACAUGUAGAACGCAUGCAAGCUUAGCCGAGCCAGAGCCAAGCAUGCAGGUGUAUGUGGAGGACCAGGAUAGAUAACUCUUGGACAAAUGCUCAAUUUGCCAGCAGCUAUCUAACCUGUAUGACCAGCUAAAUUAUGUUAAAUUGGUGUCUAAUACUGUAAAAAUGACAGACCAUAGAAAGAACCUGUAUGAAAGUAUUCUGUAUGAGCGAUGAGAAAAGGGUGGGUGGUUACCCAUGGUAGGCCCACAUACGACCAAUUGGAUCUGUUGCAAGAGCAAACACACUUAGAACAGACAACUACAUUUUAAUGCAUGUAUUUAUAUAGCGGUAUCCCUACUUCUGACAAAAAAAAAAAUUGGUACAUUGUAGAUGUAGUUACACACACUGAAAGUAUCUGCCUUAGCAUGGUGAAAAAUGUAGAAUUUUUUUUUUUUUCCUUUUGAUGCCCAUACCCAGCUUCUGACUUCAUAGUAUUUACUACCCCAGGUGAACUGUAUUCAAUUACAAAGGAAAGAAAAAUCUAUCAAGUCCAUGCCUCAUGAAAUUUCAUUUCCAUUGUGUUUGCUUAAUUUAAAUUUUUAAAUAAAAUAUUGUAUAUUAAUAAAUCAUGGGGUAUCCGUACAACCUUAGAUUUGUGCCAGUUGCCUAUUAAUACAAAACAUUUUUUUUGUAUUUUUUUUUUUUGCGAUUUUUAUUUUAUCAUAACAUUUUUCACAUUUUGUCAGUGUGAAAUGGACAUUUUAUUCUUGUAACUGCAUUGUACAGUGUCACGGUAGCAAGAGAAAAAUAUUUGCUACGUGUAUUUGAACAAAUUCUAAAUUCUUUAUUUUUGGUAAAAAAAAAAAAUAUAUGUAUGCUUAUGUGUAUUCAACUGAAAUGUGUUUUUUUUUUUUCUUUUUCUUUUUUUUUUUUUGUAAAGUUGAAGUUUGUAUUUUUAUCUAAAAUUAACAUUUUUAUAUGAGUACGAAAAGCCUACUAUGUUUUCUUGAACCAAAAAAAUGCAUUGUGUGGUCAUAUUUUUGUAGCACCAUAUCAUACAAAUUCUUAGCUAUAUCUGUUGCAUAGAAGUGUUUCCAGCACUUGGUUUAUGAUAUCCUAUAUUCUCCUGCUGCUGUUAAACUAAAUGUUGAUCUAGUGAGAGUCCAUUCCCUAAUAUGUCAAUUUGUUGAGUGGCUGGAAAAAAAAUUCUCAAGGGGGCUGCUGAGUUUGCUCAUCCAUUUGGUCAUACCAUUCUGUUUAUGCCUUUACCCUUCAUAUAGUUUUAAGAUUUAUACAAAAUCUUCAAUCUUCAUAUUUUUUUUUUUAUGCAUCUGUUUUCCACUUGGCAGUUGCUUCUUAUACGGAUAUUGGUGUCAAAUCAUUUUUAUUGAAUUUUUUUUACCCUUAUUUAACUGCAGAUUUAUAAGCUAUAACGUUUUUUUUGGUUAUUCAAAUUAUAUAAUUUAUAUUUUUUUAUAGAACAAAUUUGUUUUUAUAUAUCAAAUAAUCCCUCUCCCCCCCCCCCCUCACCAAUAAGGUCAUAAUAGACACAAUAGGGCAUAUGACAGUAAGGUAAUUUAUGUCUAUUGCUGAUUUCCCCACUGACAGAUUAGCUACAAGUUGAAUACAGUCCCUGACACUCGCCGCUAAGCUGAGUCUGCUAAGACCUAGCAGCUCACUGCAGCUCCCCGACAAUCGCAUGAUCGCCAGGUAAUAAGCAGUAAGCCAUAUAGCGAUAUGACUUCCUGCUGAGCUGUAUACACAUACCUCAUUGAGCUCUGUGUAUGAAACAAUUAGAAAGGCGGGACUGUAAUAAACCAUUUUGCCUUCUCUCUGGAGAUCCUGGCUGUUGGCGACAGCCAGCUCUCGACAAUUUUUGUGCCACAAAAAAUUCUGCAGAGUUAGUUGUCAACCACCUGGACAGUAAGUCAAUAGGUUAAUUACUUUGCCAAGUC